AUUCCUCAUUUCAUAAUUAUCUAUUCAGAAAAUUUUAACGCUCUUCUCAUCUACGUUUCAAGAUGCAAAUCUUCGUGAAAACAUUGACCGGCAAAACCAUCACCCUUGAGGUGGAGAGUUCCGAUACCAUAGACAACGUGAAAGCUAAGAUCCAAGACAAGGAAGGGAUCCCACCAGAUCAACAAAGACUUAUCUUCGCCGGUAAACAAUUAGAAGAUGGCCGUACCCUUGCUGAUUACAACAUCCAAAAAGAAUCCACCCUUCAUUUAGUGCUUCGGUUGAGAGGUGGCAUGCAGAUAUUCGUUAAGACCUUGACCGGAAAAACCAUCACCCUUGAGGUUGAAUCGUCUGAUACGAUUGAUAAUGUCAAGGCCAAGAUCCAGGACAAAGAGGGUAUCCCUCCUGAUCAGCAGAGGCUUAUCUUUGCAGGGAAACAACUUGAGGAUGGUAGAACCCUAGCUGAUUACAACAUCCAGAAAGAGUCUACCCUUCAUUUGGUGCUUCGAUUGAGAGGUGGCAUGCAAAUUUUUGUUAAGACUUUGACAGGGAAGACCAUUACCCUCGAGGUUGAAUCUUCUGAUACGAUUGAUAAUGUCAAAGCCAAGAUCCAGGACAAAGAGGGUAUCCCUCCUGAUCAGCAGAGGCUUAUCUUCGCCGGUAAGCAAUUGGAAGAUGGUCGCACCCUAGCUGAUUACAAUAUCCAAAAGGAAUCCACCCUUCAUUUGGUACUUCGAUUGAGGGGCGGAAUGCAAAUUUUUGUCAAGACUUUGACAGGAAAGACCAUCACCCUGGAGGUUGAAUCAUCGGAUACAAUUGAUAAUGUCAAAGCCAAGAUUCAGGAUAAGGAGGGUAUCCCUCCUGAUCAGCAGAGGCUUAUUUUUGCAGGGAAGCAGCUUGAGGAUGGAAGAACCCUAGCCGAUUACAACAUACAGAAGGAAUCCACCCUUCAUUUGGUACUUCGAUUGAGAGGUGGAAUGCAAAUUUUUGUUAAGACUUUGACAGGAAAGACUAUUACUUUGGAGGUAGAGAGUUCAGAUACUAUUGAUAAUGUGAAAGCCAAGAUUCAAGAUAAGGAGGGUAUCCCACCAGAUCAGCAGAGGCUUAUCUUUGCUGGUAAACAGCUUGAAGAUGGAAGGACUCUUGCCGAUUAUAACAUCCAAAAGGAGUCCACACUUCACUUGGUUUUACGGCUUCGUGGGGGUAUGCAAAUUUUUGUCAAGACCCUUACCGGAAAGACAAUAACUUUGGAGGUUGAAAGUUCUGAUACAAUAGAUAAUGUGAAGGCGAAAAUUCAGGACAAAGAGGGUAUUCCUCCAGAUCAGCAGAGGCUAAUUUUUGCCGGCAAGCAGUUGGAGGAUGGACGUACUCUGGCUGAUUAUAAUAUCCAGAAGGAAUCUACUUUGCACUUGGUUUUGAGGCUUCGUGGUGGCAUGCAAAUAUUUGUGAAGACACUUACUGGGAAGACUAUUACCUUAGAAGUGGAAAGCUCUGACACAAUUGAUAAUGUGAAAGCAAAGAUUCAGGAUAAGGAGGGUAUUCCCCCAGAUCAGCAAAGGCUUAUUUUUGCUGGCAAGCAGUUGGAGGAUGGUCGUACUUUGGCAGAUUACAAUAUUCAGAAAGAAUCUACCCUGCACCUUGUUCUUCGCCUCCGUGGUGGCCUCUAAGUGUGUCCUUUUAGCAUAUUUCUCUGUCUUGAAUUUGUGUUACUCGUAUUACUCUGUCUAAAAAAUGCUGUGUAGUAGUUUUCAGUCUAUUUUUAAAACGGUGUAUGAACCUGCUCGAAAUAGUUCUGAAAUGUUAUGUGCCUUUGUCUUCGUUAAUUUGAUCGCCUUGUUUAUGAAUGUGCUUCUGCUAUUUUAUUUUUAGUAAAAUUUACAAUUCUGCC